CUGCCGUUUUUAUUCACCCGUCGUUUUAGGGUGAGAAAAACAGCGUGAUGUUUAAUUUUUAAUUUUUUUUAAUCCCCGACAGAGCAGGAACGCGAAACAGAGCAAUCCACGCUUCUUCUUACACCAUGAAAGAUGAUUACGAGGUUGAUGAGAAGAAACAAGCAGCAGCUGAUGUAUUGUUUAGUUACUCCAAGUUUGCUAUGGCCUGCAUCGGUAACCAGACUCGUCCUACCGACAUGAGGCUGCAUCUCAUGAAGGAGAUCUCGGGAUUGCCAACUUCUCUGAAAAGAAGAGAACCUUCUAGAGCUGCAACUUCUCCUGAUCCACUUGGUGAAUCCUCCAGCUCCGGUACCGCCAGGCUUGAUAAAGUUGAUAGUUUCAGAGCUCUUUGAUACUAAGUUUUUCAUUUAAUAAUCUCCACCUUAGAUAACAACUCUUGGUUUUGCCCCCAAUGAUAAUGUUUAUGCUCUUAUGUAUUUGUGUGACUCUGACUAAUAAAUGUUAUGAUAUUUAUUCUGUU